CUCUGGUCUGGCCUCGCUCGCUACACUGACUGUUGCGGAUUAUGUGGACAUGGAAAUUACUUGAGGGGCCGAAAUCGCGAUUCUUGCUUGUAUCUCAGAUUUCUUUUUUUGGAGACUCGCUUGUCCGUUCAUGGCAGCUCGAAUUUUCUCGCGCGUGCUGUUGUUGCGCCACUCUUUCCCCGUCUGCUCCUCUAGUCUGGACCAACAAUGGCACGCUGUCGUGGAAUCGAACCCACCGAUAGCGUAUCCAAUAGUUCGCCCCAAAAACAACACCAGAAUUCACACUAGAUCGACAGCCGCGCGAUCCUGCGGAAGCGCUUCGAGCGCUGGCCGAGACCAAAAAUACAUUGUAUUGCCUUCCCGCAUUAGGCAAUUUGGCCCGCGCAUGAACAGGGCCCGGAAACGGUGGUUUGCUCGCACUUUCGGCCUCAGGCGGGCAAAUUAGGGCUCACGAUGCGUGAUCAGCCAGCCCAGCCAUCAAUGACGAAUUGGUG